CCGCCGUUUACACUAACGCGGGAGUAACAGUUACUGACCUUCUAGGUCUCAGUCUCUAUCACGAAAGGAAAACAGGUUUUCUUGGAAAGCGAAUCGUGGUCAUGGCUACUAAUUCGUUUCGCGACUCAGUCAACUCAUUGGGCUGGUCUCGGAGAGACCCAGACGUCCCCGUACGCACUAACGCCUCGUCCACGUCUUUCCUAUCUCGGUUACAGUCAUGGAAUCCACUCGGUCAAGGCGAGGGAUAUGUGCAACUACCCACUCAUGAAGCUCCAGGAGCUCCCCUCCCGGCUGCAAGUCGACGGGAGGAGGAAGAUAGUUUCUUCGCCUUGAGUCGGUGGGAUCGUAUGCUCGUAUUCAUUGCAUGCAAUGCCGGCGCCGCUGUCUGUUUCUUUAUUUGCUUUUUCUUAUUUCCGGUGCUCUCGCUCAAACCCCGCAAAUUCGCCAUCCUAUGGUCUGUGGGUUCCUUACUGUUUCUGCUGUCAUGGGCAGUUCUCAUGGGACCCUUGAUUUACGCUAAGCACUUGGUCUCGGGACCACGACUGCCGUUUACUGCCGCCUAUUUUGGGGCGAUUGCCAUGACUCUAUACUUCGCUGUCGGGCGACAUAACACCUUCCUCACCCUCAUUUCGUCGAUCUUUCAACUGGCUGCUCUGAUCUGGUACCUGGUCAGCUAUUUUCCCAUGGGUAGCACUGGGUUGCAAUUCAUGGGACGGUUUGGAGCGCAGCGCGUUACGACUUGGAUGACCAGCUGACUGCCCCUCGCCAGAUGUAUCUUGCGGGCUAACAGAUCGUCGCAUGAUAGACCCAGCUUAUGUAUUCUACAAUUCUACAUCCCUUGUACACCUCGAUGAACGGAUAACGAAUUGCGAAAAGACUCCUCUAAAUAUAUCUACAAUGUAUUAAACCAGAUUAAAUCGCUCGAGAGCCAACUGACAUUCAACCGUGGCCCUUUCAACACAGUAAAUACCUCAUAAUUGCAACAUUUGACCAAUAAUGUUCAGC